UGCAGCCAUUAACUAUAUUUCGCCGUCGCUGUGGAAAACUUUCUUCAUUGAUCUCGUUGCAAACAAUUUUCAGUGAUAAAAAAAAAAAUUAUGAGUGGCUUGAUGAAACCUAAGCAAUAUGACUGGAAAGAUUCUAAUCUUGCCAUGUUUGGUAGCGAUGAAGAGAAAAAGCUAAAGAAAUCUGCCGCCAUAAAAGAGCCGGCCUGGACCGGAUGUGAAAAUUUCGAAGGAACAAAAAUUUGGAGGAUUGAAAAGUUUAAGGUCAAGGACUGGCCCAAAUCUGAAUAUGGAAAUUUUUUCGACGGUGAUUCUUACAUAAUUCUUCACAGUGAAAAGGAUCCAGACUCAAACGAAUUAGACUUUGACGUUCACUUCUGGAUUGGCGGUUCCUCCACCCAGGAUGAAUAUGGAACCGCAGCUUAUAAAACUGUAGAGCUGGACACAUAUUUGGAUGACAAAGCUGUUCAGCACCGUGAAGUUGCUGGACACGAGUCUGAAGAAUUUUGUGCAUAUUUUGGAGGAAAAAUCACCAUUGAGGAGGGCGGAAUUGAUUCGGGAUUUAACCAUGUAGUACCCAGCGAGGAAAGACUACCUUUCACAAGGAACCUUUUGAAACAUUUUAAGAAAAUACCAAACAAAGAAGGGAAGCUGGAGUAUCACGCCGUUGAUAUGCCAUACACUCAAAAGAAUCUGUGUUGCGAUGAUGGGUAUGCGGUGAUCUUCUCAGAGGACAAAAUGUAUCAGGUCAAGGGAAAAAAUGCCAAAAUUGAUUCCAUUUGCCCGUUUAAUGAGUGGAUGUCUAUUCAAAAGCAUGAGCAUCCAAGAGCCAAGCUUCAAGUUUAUGAGAAUCUGGACGAGAUUUUUGACACUGAAGUUUACAAGAAUGCUCCAGCCGAUUUUGUAGUGAAGCUGAUCAGAGUCCUCACCGAAAAUGGUAAAGUAGAGUUUCGACCUGUGGCCAGGGGCAUCGAAAAUAUGAAUGAAGAUUUAUUGGACAGCGAUGACGUAUUCCUGCUUGAGGUACCUGAUCGUUUGUUUGUGUGGAUUGGGAAAAAUGCCAGUUCUCGCGAAAAACAAAAUGCUCUAUCCUAUGCACAAAACUAUCUGAAAGAACAAGGCCAGGAUCCUUGUUGUGGAGUUUCGUGUAUGAGAGAAAAGGACGGCAAAUACCCUGCACUGUGGAAGAGAACCAUUGCUAAACGCAGUUCUGACGAAAAGCGGGGAAAGAGGGGAACAGUUGGCAGACGUGACCAGCAUAUGUAAGAUACAUCUUCUGUUGGGGCAGGUCAACCAGUUUCGAUAACUUUUCGUAACAAUUUGAUUGAUUCAUAACGUUUAUAGGGGUGAUGAAACUUCACAGCGCAUGCCUUGAAUAGAGAGAAUUUUAAGGAUAAGACUAGAAACCUGAUUUUAUUAUGCUUCACGCUUCAAUGGUUUAUAUUUGCCUUUCUGGAUUCAGUUCACUUCUGCUUUUUGUAGAUUCCAGUUGUCCAGAGGGGAACUUCUCGGAAAACAAUAGCUUUUAGCAUGUCGCCAAGAAUAACAAUUUUCUAAGCUUUUUUCCCGAUAAGCCAUUAAAAUAAAUGCUGUUAUUAUUCUUCGUGA